AUGUAUUGUCCUCGUAUUCAUACGCUCAUACCCUCCCUUCCGCCCUUCCCUUCCUUUCCUGGCAUUCUAUUUAUUCCGCACCUCUACUCCUCCUCCCUCCCUCCCACCUCCACUCACGACGACCCACGCACAUCCCUUAGCCUCCAAUCUCACUCAGCUACAUGACGUACGAACCACCUACGUACCGCGCAUAUACCCAAGUAUCUAGAAUUCUAUACAAGCGGGGGUUUUUCUCA